CAACUAAAAUGUACUUUUAUUCGACAAUAAUCACCUCUGAAAAAACGUUUCUUAUCUGUGUGUACCAAAAUUUACGUCUGAUAGUGAAUAAUUUAGUGAAAAGUGUUGCCGAAUUUGCCAUGUCAAACGAUGAACAUGACAUCAUCCACUAAUGUCGAGACGGGCUGUCUGUCUGUGUGUGGAAAGAUAACUGAAUAUGUGUUCUGUUUAACACCUGUUAAAAAUGGCAAGUGUCUAGAAUGUAAACAUGUCAAAAUUCAGGUUGUUGAGAGAGACUAUGCCAGUGCUGAUGAAUUUCACAAAUAUAACCGGAUUUUAUUUGAAGCAGAGGAGAUAAAAAAGGAGCUGAAAGAUGGGGAGCAGGCCGAAGAGGAAGCAGCAUCAUCGGCGCUGCCCAUGCCAAAGGACAGCAACUGCAAUUUCACAGCAGAACGCUAUUUCCUGCCGUUCGAGCUGGCCUGCAAGAGCAAAACAGCCAGGAUAGUUGUUACUGCUCUAGAUUGUCUACAGAAACUGAUUGCUUACGGACACCUGACAGGAAAUGUUCCUGACUCAGACGCUCCGGGGAAAUUGCUGAUUGAUAGGAUAGUGGCGACUAUCUGCGACUGCUUCAAUGGAACUCAAACCGAUGAAAACGUCCAGCUGCAAAUCAUUAAAGCUCUUUUGACAGUGGUAACAAGCCAGCAUGUAGAGGUUCAUGAUGUCACCGUUCUGCAAGCGGUGAAAACCGUCUACAACAUUUACCUGGCUAGUAGAAAUCUCAUCAAUCAGACCACGGCACAGGCGACCCUCACGCAGAUGCUCAAUGUCAUAUUCGCUCGUAUGGAAAGCCAAGCUGCGGAUGAGCUUUCAAGACAAAAGGAAGAGAAAGAAGAGGAGCGUGAAGCACCAGCAGCAGUUGCAACACCAGUUCUCAAGGAGAAAGAAAAUGUCGAAGUUCUGCCCGAUACAGAUGUUUCCAGUAAAGAACUAGUCCAAGAAAUAGUCAAUGAUUUAGUUGAUAAUGUAGUUAUAGGUUGUGAAAAUGAUCCGGCACCCCCUCCUCCCAGCUCUCCACCGGCCGAUCCCAUCGAAGCGAUUGUCAGUAAUGACGCUGUUUUCGGGAGUAUCGACUGCGACAUUGUAAAUAAUGAGAACGUCAAUAACGAGAACAGUGAAAAUGUCAGUAACGAAAAUGCAGUCAGUGGCGAGAUGGCAACUAGCCAAACAAACUCUUUGACUUGGAUUCCAUCUCAGGAAAGUAUGGAGGUGGGUAAUGAAGAAGCGAAACUUCCAGCCCAGUUCACGCAUAUACUUCAGAAGGAUGCAUUUAUUGUAUUCAGAGCGCUAUGCAAGCUCUCUAUGAAGCCGUUGCCUGAUGGUCAACCAGACCCCAAAUCACACGAACUUCGUUCGAAAAUUCUGUCGCUGAGCCUGCUACUGUCCAUCCUUCAGUCGGCGGGUCCAGUAUUCCGUUCGAACGUCAUGUUUGUGACAGCCAUCAAACAGUAUCUGUGCGUUGCUCUGUCGAAGAAUGGCGUCUCCUCGGUUCCAGAGGUGUUCCGGUUGUCGUUGGCCAUCUUCCUGGCUCUGCUUUCUCGCUUCAAAAUGCAUCUGAAAAUGCAAAUUGAGGUGUUCUUCAAGGAAAUCUUCUUGAACAUUCUGGAAACAUCGAGCUCAUCGUUCGAGCACAAGUGGAUGGUGAUCGAAGCCCUGACUCGAAUCUGUGCCGAUGCGCAGAGUGUCGUCGACAUGUAUGUCAAUUAUGACUGUGAUUUGUCAGCUGCUAAUUUGUUUGAGAGGUUAGUAAACGUGGUGUCGAAAAUAGCGCAGGGCCGUCAGGCACUGGAGUUGGGAGCCACGCCCGUCCAGGAGAAGCGCAUGCGCAUCCGUGGCCUCGACUGUUUGGUGUCGAUCCUCAAGUGCAUGGUCGAGUGGAGUCGAGACCUCUAUGUCAACCCCAAUUUCCAGACCAAUUUGGGGGCAGAAAGGAACGUGCGUGACGCGGAAGCACUAGAGUUGGCUCCGCCUUCGUCGCUGAAAGAGAGAGAAAGAGAGAGCCUGCACUCGUACGGAAGUGCCACCUCUCUCAAUUCGGGAAGCUCGGGCAACAAGGAGGCGCCUGACACCCCUCAACAGCUGCAGGUGCUCAAGCAUCAGAAGGAGGUCUGGGAGACCGGUAUUCAUAUGUUCAAUCGUAAACCGAAGAAAGGACUGACCUUUCUCCAGGAGCAAAAUUUGCUGGGAACUUCUGCAGCCGAAGUGGCCGAGUGGUUGCAUACCGAUGAGAGAUUGGAUAAGACUGGCAUAGGGGACUUCCUUGGCGAGAAUGACGAUUUCAGUAAAGAGGUGAUGUACGCAUACGUGGACCAGAUACAGUUUGCUGGCAAAGAUCUGGUGACAGCACUUCGGUACUUCCUUGAAGCUUUCCGACUCCCUGGUGAAGCCCAGAAAAUCGACAGACUUAUGGAGAAAUUCGCCAGUCGAUACUGUGAAUGUAAUCCGAACAACAGACUGUUCGCCAGUGCGGAAACUGCAUACGUGCUAGCCUACUCGAUCAUCAUGCUGACGACUGAUCUGCAUUCGCCACAAGUGAAGAGUAAAAUGUCGAAAGAGCAGUACAUUCGACUGAACCGAGGCAUAUCCGACAAUCAGGAUUUGCCCGAAGAGUAUCUGUCUCAGAUCUACGACGAGAUAGCCGGACAUGAGAUCAAGAUGAAAGCGGCCAGUAAACCUGGAAAACAAGUGAUAUCCAGUGAAAAGAAGAGAAAAUUAGUGUGGAAUAUGGAGAUGGAAGUUAUAUCAACUGCCGCCAAAAACCUUAUGGAGUCAGUGAGUCAUGUACAAGCACCAUUCACGUCAGCCAAACAUUUGGAGCAUGUUAAACCUAUGUUCAAGCUGGCGUGGACAUCGUUUUUGGCGGCGUUCAGCUUAGGUCUCCAGGACUGUGAUGACACUGAGAUAGCUGCUCUUUGCCUUGACGGAAUGCGUUGUGCCAUAAGAAUUGCCUGCAUUUUCCAUAUGACGUUGGAGCGUGAUGCAUACGUGCAGGCAUUGGCCAGGUUCACCCUAUUGAACGCCAAUUCGCCAAUCACAGAAAUGAAGGCCAAAAAUAUCGACACUAUUAAGACUCUGAUGACAGUUGCCUACACGGACGGCAACUACCUGGGAAGUUCUUGGCUGGAUAUAGUGAAGUGCAUCUCUCAGCUGGAGCUGGCACAGAUGGUGGGGACAGGGGUGAGGCCGCAGUUCAUCUCCGCCUACAACUCCAACAAAAGUUCCAUCCUCUUCCCCUCCACCGACUCUCUCAAACUCAAUAUCAGCUCUCUUGAUCCUAGCGUGAAGGAAUCGAUAGGAGAGACAAGUUCGCAGAGUGUGUUGGUUGGAGUGGACAAAGUGUUCACCGGGUCGACAAGACUCGACGGUGAUGCCAUUGUCGACUUUGUCAAGGCGCUUUGCCAGGUGUCCGUAGACGAGCUAGCACACCCGAGCCACCCGCGCAUGUUCAGCCUGCAGAAGAUCGUGGAGAUCUCGUACUACAACAUGGGCCGCAUACGUCUGCAGUGGUCGCGCAUAUGGCAGGUGCUCGGCGAACACUUCAACCGAGUCGGCUGCAACCCGAACGAGGACAUCGCCUCGUUUGCGCUCGACUCGCUGCGACAGCUCAGCAUGAAGUUCAUCGAGAAGGGCGAGUUCGCCAACUUCCGCUUCCAGAAGGACUUUCUCAGGCCGUUCGAGCAUAUCAUGAAGAAGAACAGUUCGUUAUCUAUUCGUGACAUGGUAGUGCGGUGCAUUGCUCAGAUGGUGAAUUCGCAAGCAAAGAACAUCAGAUCCGGAUGGAAAAACAUAUUCAGCGUUUUCCAUAUUGCAGCGUCCGAUCAUUUUGAAACUAUCGUUGAGAUGGCUUUUCAAACAACCGGACACAUCAUAAAUAACCUGUACACGCAGCACUUUGCGAUAAUGAUAGACUCGUUCCAAGACGCGGUCAAGUGCCUUUCAGAGUUUGCCUGCAACGCCGCCUUUCCAGAUACCAGCAUGGAGGCCAUCCGUCUCAUUCGCACAUGCGCAAACUGUGUCCACGAAAAGCCACAGCUGUUCAACGAGCAUUGCAUGGAGGAGAGUGCCAACGUGUCGGAGGACGACCGUGUGUGGGUGCGCGGCUGGUUCCCCCUCCUCUUCGAGUUGUCCUGCAUCAUGAGUCGGUGCAAGCUCGACGUGCGCACGCGUGCACUCACCGUGCUCUUCGAAAUCAUCAAGAGUCACGGCGACGCCUUCAAACAGUUCUGGUGGAUCGACCUGUUCAAAGUGCUCUUCCGCAUUUUCGACAAUAUGAAGCUACCCGAACACUAUACUGAGAAAGAGGAGUGGAUGACAACAACCUGUGACCACGCAUUGUAUGCUAUUGUUGACGUCUUCAGCCAGUAUUUCGAUAUGCUGGGUCCCCUGCUACUCAAGGAUCUCUACACCCAGCUGGAAUGGUGUGUUCAACAAGCAAAUGUCCAAUUGGCGCGCUCCGGAACAAACUGUUUGGAAAAUCUGGUGAUCAGUAAUGGCCAUAAAUUUGAUGAUGACACUUGGGACAAAACCUGUCGGUGUGUGCUGAACAUGUUCAACGAUACUAAGCCAGUCGAACUUCUGGACGGAUCCCUGGAAGCUCACUUGGUUGCUGAGGUCGGAGAAUCCGGUAGGCCAGGCAUUCUUAAACGAUCAAGUAGUUCAUUUAGUGUGAAUUCCAACAAUGAGGAUGUUUUCAUAAAUAAGACUAAUCAAUUGUUUUCAAGCCUUUCUAUCAAGUGUGUGGUGCAACGUGAGCUGAUUCAGACCAUCGAUAAUAUCAUCUUCUAUCCAGCCACUUCCAGAAAAGAAGACCAGGAAAAUUUGGCAUUGGCUCAGGCUGAUCUAUUGCAUAAGGAGGACAAGAGCCUAAGUGAACAACAGCGGGAGGAGCAGGGCAUGUACCGCAACCUCAACUGUCAACAUCUGCUGAUGCUUACCGAUUGUCUCAUGGAGUCGCAUCGGUUCGCCAAGUCGUUCAACUCCAACCAUGAGCGCAGAAAUUUCCUCUGGAAAGCAGGUUUCAAGGGCACAGAGAAGCCAAACCUGCUGCAACAGGAGACACAGAGCCUGGCGUGCGCGCUACGCGUGCUAUUCAAGAUGUGCGGCGACGAGUCGCGUGCGACCGCGUGGCCGGCCGUGCAGUCGCGGCUGCUGCUAGUGUGUCGCGAGGCGCUCGACUACUUUCUGCGCCUACAGUCGGAGGCGCAUCGCGACGCCUGGACUUGUCUCCUACUGUUGGUGCUAACGCGCAUACUCAAGAUGCCCGACGACCGGUUUGCGGCGCAUGCUUCCAACUACUACCCGCUUCUGUGCGAAUUAGUUUGCUUCGAUUUGAAACCAGAAUUGAGGUCCGUCCUGAGGAGAUUCUUCCUCCGGAUCGGUGUUGUUUUCACCAUCACAUCAUCCACGUCCACGACACCGACAUCUUUAUCAUGAGUCACCGAAUUUACCAACUACUGUAGAUAGAUUGUGCAAUUAUGGAUUACUUAUUUUUGUAGCAUAAAAUUUGAGAAGAGCUAGGAAAUUUUAUUGAAUUUUUGUGUGUCAGUCUCAUGAAACGUGACUUUGCCUGUCCCAGAUCACGGAAUGUUCUCUCUCAAUAAUGUGUAACAAUUCCAGUAUUUCUCCAUCUUAACAGAUCUGUCAUUUUCAGUUUACAAUGUAACAAUCCUCCACAAAUUCUCUCAAUUGAUGAAAUUUGUCGAAUAGGAAUUGAUAUUGAGGAAUUUCACCAUAAUUGGAAAAACGCAGAUUUAGUAUUGUCACAUCCAUUUUUAUCUUGUACAGUGGACUGCAGUUUCGUGUUGGAACCAACAUAUCUUCAGCUGUGUGGCUGUCAUCCAUAUUUAUUAGAUUUGCACAUAGGACUCCAGUUUCGUGUUGAAACAAACAGCUUAAGGGGAGUCCGAAGAGCCUAUACCACCAAUGUUAAAUUGGCCAACUUCAAUGUACCUUUUUGAGAUUUCCAAUGGAGAUUAAUGAAAGAAUGCAUAUUUAUCUUCAAUCUGAUGGGAGGAAUUUACUCUAAAAUUAUUUUUUCUCUAAAUACAUUUUUUAGAAAAAUAUAUUUUUUCCAAUUAUUUCAAUGUAUUUAUCAUCAAUAACUCUGUCAAUAUUGAAAAUAUGAUAAAUCGCCUUCAUCACCUUUUAGAGUAAUGCCUAUUGUACAUGUCUGCAAAAUUUCAAAGCUCUAUCUUCAACAGAAGUCUCAAAAAAGGAACAUUUAUAUGGAAAAUAUAGUUUUUUCAGGAAUCGCAUGCAAUUUUUCUAAAGAAAUGUAUUCAGAGAAAAAAAUGAUUUUCGAGUAAAUUCCUUCCAUCAGAUUGAAGAUAAAGAUGCAUUCUUUCAUUUAAAAAAAAAUUGUGAGUUUAUCUCUAGUGGAAAUCUCAAAAAGGUACAUUGAAGUUGGCCAAUUUAACAUUGGUGGUAUUGGCCCUUCCGUGGUAUAGGCCCUUCCGACUCCCCUUAAGCUACGUUUACACCAAAGUUAUUAACAAAAUGUUAAUGCUCAAUCCUUAUAGAUUCUAUUAGAUUGAACGGAACUUGACAAACACAUAUGUUCAUCAUGUGUAUGAUAAGUUGUGUUCAAUCUAAUAGAAUUUAUAAGGAUUAAGUUAUUAACGUUUUGUUAAUAAAUUUGGUGUAAACGAUGUGUUGGUUUCCAACACGAAACUGCAGUACUGUGUACAAAUAUCUGAUAAAUGUAGGUGUGACCAAAAAACUGUGUUUUCAGUGAUCCAUAAGAAUAAAUAAAAUAUUAUUCAAUCAAUAUUGACACGACUCAUUUUUUUAGUAGCCACAGGGACAAGCUUUCCGUACUUC